UUCCACAUGCUGAAAUUGUGUUUCUUCCUCUGUUUGAUAUACUGGGUGAGAUCAGAUGAGGAAGAAAAAUGUCCCGAAUUUACAGACCUUAACCUAGGCCAUGCUUUUUCUGGAACAGAGCUCCAUGUUCAGCUACUCCUGUACACAAGGAAAAAUCAAGAUUGUGCUGAGAGACUCAUUGAACACAAUGUUACUGCAUCUGAAUACCUGAAUACAACCAAGAAAAUUGUCUUUGUAAUUCAUGGCUACAGGCCAACAGGAUCUCCUCCAGCAUGGCUGGGUGACAUGAAGAGGCUUUUACUGUCUUCAGACGACAUUAAUCUCAUUAUAGUUGAUUGGAAUCGUGGUGCUACCACUGUGAUUUACAGAAUUGCUGUGGAAAACUGCAGAAAAGUUGCAGAAAUACUGAAGAAUUAUGUUGACCAGAUGCUGGUGGGUGGAGCUUCUCUUGACUCUCUGUAUUUAAUUGGAGUUAGUCUUGGUGCUCAUAUAGCUGGAUUUGUUGGCCAGAAGUAUAAAGGCAAACUUGGCAGAAUUACAGGUCUGGAUCCGGCAGGCCCUUCAUUCACUGGGGAACCACCAGACCACAGGCUGGAUCCUGCUGAUGCUCAGUUUGUGGAUGUGAUCCAUUCCGACAUUGAUGUACUAGGUUUCAAGAAGCCUUUAGGAACCAUUGACUUCUAUCCAAAUGGAGGAAUGUAUCAGCCUGGUUGUCCAAAAACAUUUCUCAGUGGAUUGCAUUAUUUUAAAUGUGACCAUCAGAGAUCUGUCUUCCUCUUCUUAGCGUCUUUGAAAAACUGGUGUGACAUGAUAACAUAUCCUUGUGACUCUUAUUUGGAUUACAAGAGAGGAAAAUGUAUGGAUUGUGAUGCUUUCCAGCCCAUGUCCUGCCCAGUAAUGGGUUAUCACGCUGAUAGAUGGAAAAAGCUGUUGAUACCAUAUAGUUCACCAACAAAAGCUUACUUUGAUACCUCAGGGAAAGACCCAUUCUGCAUGUAUAACUACGUAUUGGAAAUUAUUACCUGGAAUAAAAGCACUAGGAGAGGUUUCAUUAAAGUUAAAAUAAUGGAUAAUGCUGGAAACACAGUAGAGUCGCAGAUGAGUAGUGAAGCUUCAACAUUUCAGCAAUAUAAAAGCAUCAAAAUACUGACUGGAUUUCCCCGAGACAUUGAAAAAAUUGUAAAAAUGUCCUUGACCUUUACUACCAAGGCUUUAAUAGGCCCAAGAAGAAAGCUUAAAGUUCUUCAGAUGAAGCUGAAAUCUGUCAAUAAUUCAAAAAGGCCUCAGCUAUGCAGAUACGAUUUAAUACUGGUGGAGAACACUGAAGUUAUCUUCAAACCUAUUCCUUGCCCUGAGAAGGGUACAUGA